UGGAGACAACAGUGCUCUUUGCAGAAGAGGGGGUGGGGAGGGUCUCGGGGUUGUAACGGGGAGAGGGACAGAAGGGCUGUGGGAUUAGAGGGGGAAGGGGACAGAGAACCGGUUGGAGGCGCCGUGCUGGGUAUAGCAGGGCGAGCGAAGGAUGGAGAAAUAGAUACCAGCUGGACACGGAAAGGAGGGCUUGAGAGAGGUAGUUUGGGAAAGGGACUCCAGAGGCCCUGGUGUAUGUGAGGGGGAGCAGGCAACUGAGGCGUAUAGAGAAAAGCGAAGAUGUAAGUCUUGGCUUAUAUAUAGAGCUGAGGAGAGAGGGACCCUUGGGGGGGUGGAUGCAGCGAGUUCAGGGGCCCUGGGGUACACAGAAGGCAUGCAGCCGAGGGUCGUGGAGACACACAUGAAAUCGAGAUGAUGGAUUAGAGAGUGGGGCGAGUAUAUGGAGACUUUGAGGUGCUAAAGUUGCCGCUCCAGAUGCUGCUGCUGCCCCCGCGGCCACCCCACCCUCGGUCCUCCUCUCCGGAGGCCAUGGACCCACCGCCCCCCAAGACUCCCCCUUUCCCCAAGACGGAAGGCCCUUCCUCCACUCCUUCUUCAGCUGCGGGGCCACGACCCCCGCGGCUGGGCCGCCACCUGCUCAUCGACGCCAACGGAGUCCCCUACACGUACACGGUGCAGCUGGAGGAGGAGCCCCGGGGCCCGCCCCAGCGCGAGGCACCCCCAGGAGAGCCCGGCCCUCGCAAGGGCUACAGCUGCCCAGAGUGCGCCCGUGUGUUUGCCAGCCCUUUGCGGCUGCAGAGCCACCGCGUGUCACACUCGGACCUCAAGCCCUUCACUUGCGGCGCCUGCGGCAAGGCCUUCAAGCGCUCCAGCCACCUGUCCCGGCAUCGCGCCACGCACCGCGCCCGCGCUGGCCCGCCGCACACCUGCCCCCUCUGCCCGCGCCGCUUCCAGGACGCCGCAGAGCUGGCGCAGCACGUGCGCCUCCACUAAGCUCAUACCCAGGUCUGGGCCUCCGCGUCUGUCCCACACAGCAGCACUCCCACACACACUCCCUGGCUGUGAUGAGGUUACUGCCUUACACUGGGCCUCAGUUUCCCCAUCUAGCCAAAGGGAGAAACGUCAUUCCUUCCCUCUCCCUAGUUGUGUGAUGUAGACCACGUCUUUGUCCCUCCCUGGGUCUGGGAGCCAGUCGGAACUGGGUUCCGGCCCAGCUGUGCUGUGUGAGCCUUUGCAAGUGACUUAAACUUUCUGAGCCCUGGUUUUCUGCUCUGAAGUGGUAAACGGUUGUCUGCGUGGAAGAUUUGACAAAAGAGCACAGGCACGGUCUGGUUCCUUUCUGUAUCUUACCCUGUUCCACCCACUCCUCUCACCCUUUACUCAAUAAACAUUCCGCACUCCA